AUGUCCAUAUUCGUCAGAGUGUUCUCGCAAUCUCCACCAAACGUUUUUUCUAAGGAAACUGGAACUCAACAAAUCUUUAAGUGUGAUGUAAGCUUGACUGGCAACAGCACUGUGAAAUUUACUCGUAACAGAAGGGAAAUAAUUCCUAGCGACAGAAUCAAAGUCAACGGAACUUUUCUCACCAUGUCUGAUUUAAAAGUGUUGGAUGGUGGGCAAUAUUCAUGUAUUUUUGAUCAAAAUGGUAAAGAGAUGACUAUUAAUUUGGGUUAUCUUAUCGUCCGACCAGCAAAAAAAUAUGAAUUUACGAUUUAUCCAAAAGUUAUGACCAGUAGAGUUACUGAAGGUUCAAACUUUGAAUUUCGUUGUGAGUAUGGAAAAGGAUCAACAAAAAUUAAAUGGUACAGGCGACGAAGACUAAAUGGUACAGAAGUUGAGGAUUAUGUUCCUGAAAAUCUUAUUACUGUUAGAACAACUCCUCAAAAAAGUGUUGAAGUGUAUCACAUUCCAAGAGUGUCUAUAAACGAUGCAGGUGUUUACAGAUGUGAAGUUGCUGGAAAAAAUAACAGGAAAAUUUUAUCCGAUAUACGCAUUCUAGAAGUCAUAGAAAGAAGAGCUGCUAAAUUUAAAUCUGUGAAGAACUUUUUCUAUUUUAAUGAAGCUGAUAAAGCUGAGAUAACGCUUUAUGUUGAGGAAUUUCCAUUUCCAAAUAUCACUUGCUAUAAAGAUAGCAAAGAAAUUAUAUUUUGUAUUGGAAAGAAACUGAAAGGAUCUCCAAGUUUUGACUUAUUGGUCUGCGAACAGGAUCAAUAUGGAUUAAACGGUGUCCCUCAGUUGAUUAUUCAAUCAAUUUCUUUUGUGAGAGAUGAUGGAAACUACACAUGUGUUGCCACUACCAACAAUCCUCCUGGGAAGGAUGUUGUUUCAUUUUACGUCAAUGUUGAAGUGCCACCAUCCAUCAGCACAGGAAAUAGUGAAUAUUUCACUGCACGACACAACACUGAAGGCGAGAUUAAAUGCACGAUAAGAUGGUCUAAUCCAAGACCAAAUAUAACUUGGUAUCAACAAAUUGUUGUCAACAGUAGCGAACCUGUCUCGAAUAACUGGACCCUUUCACUGUAUAAGUCUUCGUUUAAAAAAGGAAAAAACAAAGGACAAUAUGAAAGUGUUUUAAAGAUACCAGCGACUGCUAAACAAGCUUCAAUGUUGUUCAGAUGUUUUGCUCAAAACAUUCAUGGAAAUGACAGUAGAAUGUUUAGGUUUAUGCGAUAUGGAGAUAACUUUGAUCCGUUUAAAGUUUUUCCUUCUGGGGAAGUAAUUUUAAAUGAAAACGAGGACUUUAUGGCAAUUUGCAGAGUAGAUGUUUUUAUUCGUAGUAAUAUUGCGUUUUACAAAGAAAAUCCUCGUCGUGAAGUGAUAAAUAAUGAAAGAACAAACAUCACCAUAAGUAGAAAUCCUCAAUAUCGUAAUGUUACAAUGAAAAUACGAAAUGUCAACAUCAAUGAUUCUGGAACUUACAGAUGUAGUGAAAAAAAUGCUCUCAGUAAUGAAUAUGCUGCUGUAACGUUGAAUGUACGAGAAUUUCAUCCUCCAAUAAUUUAUGGCAUGAAAGAUUCCACAAUGGAUCAGUUUAAAGAUGACAACAUCGAGUUGAUUUGUAAUGUGUCAGGUAAUCCUCAGCCCAAGGUUAUAUGGUCAAAAAAUGGUGAAGAAAUUAAUGGUGAAACAAUAAAAAAUUGCAACAGUCAAGUUCCUAAAUAUUACUUCAAGAAUGAUGGCACAACUCUUAUUAUUUGUGGCGUUGAUAUUUCACAAUCGGGAAAUUACACGUGCUUUGCAGAAAAUCAGUUAGGAAACGUCACAGCAACUGUUUAUCUUAAUAUUACUGGUAAUUAGACUUUGCAAAAAUAGAUUUAUUGAAGAUAAAAUUUUAUAGUUUGAUUAAGGUUCACGUGAAAAUGUUCUAAGAAUUGUUCUGCAAUUUUUGCUUUGCUAAACUAUAUAUCAUUCAACUUUUAACUUUUAUCGGUGACAAACCUUAUUAUUUAUUACAGCUGUGUAAAUUUGUAUGUGCUCACUUACUAGAAAAACAAUAACUUUCUAAAGAAAUAAAUAAUGAUAGUGAUCUAAAA